CCACUGCUCUCCCCAUCCUGAUUGGCCUCCCCUCUGCCAUGUAGCCUCUAGCUUGCCAAAAUGAAUGCCCACUGUGUUCAGCUGGGAGGAGAACAGCUUGCACCCCACUGCUGCCCUGCCAUGAUACUGAGCCCUUUCCUUGUGGCAGCGGUGGUGGUCUUUGCCAGUGCCGUCACCGGCUGCCCGGUCCUGUGCACAUGCCGCAGCCAGGUUGUGGAUUGCAGUGGGCUUCGGCUCUUUUCGGUGCCACCAGACCUUCCGUUGGACACCAGGAACCUGAGCCUGGCUCACAACCGCAUCGCUACCAUUCCUCCCGGAUACCUGACCUGCUAUUCCGAGCUGAGGGUGUUGGACUUGCGGAACAACUCCCUCGUUGAGUUGCCCGCCGGACUCUUUUUGACAUCCAAGCGCCUCUCCCACUUGGACUUGAGCUACAACAACUUGACUCACGUGGUGGCUGACAUGUUCCAAGAGGCCUACAACCUGGUGCACAUUGACUUGAGCCACAAUCCCUGGCUGAGGAAGGUGCACCCCCAGGCUUUCCGAGGCUUGGUCCAACUACGCGACCUUGAUCUCAGCUAUGGGGGCCUGUCUUUCCUCAGCCUUGAAGUCCUGGAGGGUCUCACAGGCCUGGUGACUCUUCAGAUUGGAGGCAAUCCCUGGGUGUGUGGUUGCACCAUGGAGCCACUGCUGAAGUGGUUGAGAAAUAGGAUCCAGCGAUGCAUGUCAGAUACUGAGUUGGCGGAGUGCCGGGAGCCACCCGAAGUGGAGGGAGCCCCUUUGUUUUCACUGACGGAGGAGAGCUUCAAGGCCUGCCACCUGACCUUGACACUGGAUGACUAUCUCUUCAUUGCCUUUGUGGGCUUUGUCGUCUCCAUUGCUUCUGUGGCCACCAAUUUCCUGCUGGGCAUCACUGCCAAUUGCUGCCACCGCUGGAGCAAGGCGAGUGAGGAUGAGGAGAUCUAGCCACAAGGCCUGCUCCUUCCUGCUGCUCCUGCACUGCCAGGGGGGAGCCAAGGGCUAUCAAGUUCAGGGAAAGCAAAGUGACUUGUCUUUUCCCUGCUGUGCCAUUUCCUUGGGCCUACCCCCCAGCCACCAAGCCCUGUACAACAGCAGCAGACUGCCGCUUGCCAAUCUUUCUUGGGGCUCAUUCAGUCUUCCUUUCAUGCUGUGUUUCUAGGCACAAUCCACGCUUGAAAGAGCUGUGUCCAAGUGUUCCCACCACCACCACCGAAA